AUGAAGACAGUAAUUGCGUUGACCCUCGCCCUUGUCCUCGCGGCUCAGGCCGUUGAUGACUGGCACAAGAAGGUGCAAUCACAGAGAGUCAGGGGCUCCAAGUACACGAUACACGAGAAUUACAACCCCGUAACUAUUGAAAACGAUCUCUGCAUAAUUCACCUGGACGCCGAGGUUCGUGGCGAGGGCAUUGCCACCCUCCGCCUUCCGUCUCGCUCCCAGGCCGAAAUGACCUUCGCAGGACACAAAGCUACCAUCGCUGGAUGGGGAGAAACCUCAGAUAAUGACACCAUUAUGAACACUGUGCUUAGGUACACUGAUGUCAUGACCAUCAUGAAAAAUGACGAUUGCAGAAGAUAUUAUGAACUAAUUACUGCCACGAUGCUUUGCGCGAACAGCCCUGACGGAUCUGGCGUUUGCAUGGGAGACUCUGGCAGCCCCCUCACCAUCACCGAAUCUGACGGAGUGAAGACCCAAGUUGGAAUCUCCAGCUUUAGUCCUUCAGUAGGCUGUGAGACGCUUCGUCCUGACGGCUACGUCAGACUCACAGAAUACCUUGACUGGGUCGAAAAGUGGGCUGAAGUCGAUAUCCGCCCUUAA